AUGCAACAUGGCACAAAGCAGAGUGUGGUGUUAACAUGGACACAAAGCAGAGGUGGCGGCUGUGUUAACAUGACACAGAAGAGUGGCGGCUGUGUUAACAAGACACAAGGCAUAGGUGGCGGCUGUGUUAACAAGACACAAGGCAUAGGUGGCGGCCAGGUGGCCUGCGUUAACAAGACACAAGGCAUAGGUGGCGGCUGUGUUAACAAGACACAAGGCAUAGGUGGCGGCUGUGUUAACAAGACACAGGGCAUAGGUGGCGGCUGCGUUAACAAGACACAGGGCAUAGGUGGCGGCUGUGUUAACAACACAAAGCACGGCUGUGUUAACAGACACAAAGCAGAGGUGGCGGCUGUGUUAACAUGGUGGCAGGGUGGCGGCUGUGUUAACAAGACACAUGAUAAAGGUGGCGGCUGUGUUAACAAGACACAGGGCAUAGGUGGCGGCUGUGCUAACAAGACACAGGGCAUGGGGUGGCGGCUGCAAGUAACAAGACACAAGGCAUAG